AUGAGUAUAUCGCAGGUACCCAUCUCUGUCAUUGGUGUUAUGUCCGACCACUAUAUUCCUCCCAAGUUGACAUCAGUAUCCAUCACCAGAUGGCCUAGGGUGCUUUUGAAUAGAUUUUUACUUUUUGGAUUCAAUACUUAUAACAUCCUCAAGUUCAAACGAGAAAUCAACAAACCUUUGCAGUUCAAUGAUUGGAAAGACCAGGCGAUUGAAACAUAUGUCCGUACAAAUAAAGUAUUUGCUCAAGCAUGUAACAACUUCACCACCUCACCAAGUAGUACAAUUUACAAGUUCAUAACGUCGAAAUUGGAUCAAUCAUGUGGGAAACAUCUUAAUGAAGUUCUUACAAAUCGAGCAGUUACCUUCAGACAGCAGCCAAAUAUAGAAUUGUCAUGGGACUUGGUUUCGAUCGAUAAGAAUCCUAAAGUUUCUGUGUUCACUACCAUUCCUGAUGAGGAUGGAAUCGGUGUUUAUGUGCAAUUUGUCAUGAAUUUGAAAACGACUCAAAAAUUAACUAUUUCCGAUAAACGUGACUCUGGUAAAAUAAUUCAACAAACUGAGACCAAAGUCAACGAUUAUUUGGUGUACACAAUGAACCCAUGGGAUGGAAGGAUCUUGCUUGUAGGUAAAUUGUUCGAAAGCGAUGCGUACAGAGGAUUGAAGUCAGAAUUGGAUGUAUUUGAUACCAAGACAAUGGGUGACUUUUUAAAUGAAGCUGCUGAUAUAUACAGGGAGGACCCUCGAUUGUUUACAAGAAGCGUAGAAGGGAGCGACAAGAAUGUAAAUAAAGAUUAA